GGAACCAGGAGCUUCUUCAAACUACGCCACUUUGUUCGAAGCGAUAUGGUACCGCUAAAAUAGCUACAUACACAUACGUCCCUCGUUAUCCAAGAGGAGGGUCUAGAUACUCUCGUUGCACUCGUCGUAUCCUGGCACGGGCGGCAAUAAACUCUGCAAAACUGAGAUAAUUGCCAAGUGGUGACAAACCUCCCAUCAGUAUUUGCAGUCCCUUUCAGAGGAGAGUCCGAGCCAUGCAUCGUCCCAAAUUACUCCUCUGUCUUGGCAUAGUAGUUUUCGCUUUUGGAACCCAUCCAGGAUCUGGUCAAGGUUUUGUCUUCCCUGACGCUGACAACGAGGAGGAGAAGACUUCCGACGAUUUUACAGAUCCCCAAGGACGGGGUGUGUGUUCCACGGUGAGUGGACCCAGUCAAGGAUUACCCUGUGUGUUCCCGUUCAAGUUUCAAGAGUUCACCUUCGAAGGAUGCACCACCAUCACGGAUCCCGAGAGGCGGCCUUGGUGUUCCACACAGGUGGACGAAGACAUGAACCAUAUCACCGGUCAAGGUCAUUGGGCCCAUUGCGAUCCCGCCACUUGUCCGGUGAUCCCUGAAGAUGACCUGGGCGAGGAUUACACUAAUUUGGAAGACGAAUACGAGGAGGGCACGACCCAAGCCGUUCAGGACGAACAACCCCGAUCGGCCACCACUUUCCGAGAUUGUAACACAAUUGAUGGCCAAGUUGGCAUCUGCGAGCCGGCGGUCUUGUGUGCAGGAAUUACCGACGAAGAGGCUGUCGACAACGUUUGCGAACUUGAGAUUGGAAACCCGGUGGAUUUGGGUGUCUGUUGCCAACUGAGGGUGGAUAACAAGGUUCAGAUCUCGUUCAACCAAGAGGAAGAGAAAACGGUCGAAGUGGACAAUGUUUCCGUGAAUGACAUCAACAAGUUCGUCUCAGGAAGGUUCCUAACAGACAGUCCGUUUGUGGCUCAAUCUGCACCUGCCGCUUCCGAGGGAGGAGUCGACUUUACUUUUGGUGACCAAUUCGACCAAGUUAGUGUACAGUCACAGCCAAUUGACGACGGAGACAUCAAUGAAAAUGAUGCUCCGACUCAAUUUCAUCUCCGCUUUAACGCCCCCACGGAUGACGCCUUGGAUGUGGAUCAAAAAGCCAACACCUUUUUGCGAACCACCGACUCCAUCCAGUCGGAAAAGAACCUGACUCCCGAACAAGCUGGAAUUGGCUUGAGAAUAUUCGAUACGGAUACGAGUUCCGCCAUUGACGACAUCUGUCCGUGGACGCCCUCGCCCAUUUGUGACGAGACAGCUAAUUACCGAACCUUUGACGGGACUUGCAACAAUCUCAAGGAAACAAACUACGGACGAGCAGUGACGCCUUUCCAGAGAAUUCUCCUUCCCGAGUACAGUGGUCGUCUUCAUUUGCCCCGCACCAGUGUUGUGGGAGGACAACCUCUCCCUUCAGCUCGAAGGAUCAGCUUGUCUACAACUGAGACUUCCAAUGCCUUGGAUAGUGAGCACACGGUCCUCGUGAUGCAAAUGGGCCAGUUUAUCGACCAUGACCUCACGCAUACGCCCAAUCAUGGACAGAAUUGCUGUGGAAGAGGAGGAACAUUCCCAACAUCUUUCGACUCUGAACGAUGCUUUCCGAUCGAAAUGGAGGCCAACGAUCCAUUUUGGAAAGGAAGGAAGACCUGUAUGAGCAUGGCUCGAUCUUUGGCCUCCCCCGGAUUAAAAUGCAGUCUAGAGUUCAGGCAGCAGAUGAACCAAAUUACACAUUGGUUAGAUGGGUCAAAUAUCUAUGGGUCGUCCGAAAACGCGGCAGAUCAGUUGCGUCAACGAUUCGGCGGUCGUCUGCAGAUAACCCGACAAACUGGAAGUCGAGUGGGGAUCCUACCUUCGUGUUCAUCUGGAACAUCUACCACCGCCACGGUUGGGAUGUGCAGAGGCUGCAGUAGUUGCUUUUUCACAGGUGACGGUCGCGCCAAUGAGCAAUUGAAUUUGUUGGUGAUCCACACUUUGUUCAUGCGAGAGCACAAUCGAAUUGCGCAGUUCCUACAAAAAUUGAACCCACUAUGGAGUGACAAUAAGAUCUACCAGGAGGCCCGCAAAAUCAACGUGGCUCAAUACCAACACAUCGUCUACAAAGAAUGGCUUCCCAUUAUCAUAGGCCGAGAGUUUAUGGAUCAAUUCGGUUUGUGGCCACUGUCCAAAGGAUAUUCGGACACGUACAUGGACACCUUCGACCCUAGAAUCACGAAUGAGUUCGCCACGGCCGCUUUCCGAUUCGGUCACUCGCUUAUCCCAAGCUCUUUUAAGCGCAUUCAACGAACGCGGUCGAAUAACGGGUUCACUACAAGUAUGAACUUACGAGAGGUCUUUUUCAAACCCAAUGAGAUGAAGAAAUCCUCAGGAAUGAUUGACGAUCUGCUUCGGGGUCUCACUAGCCAAGAGGGUGAACUCUGGGACAACGCCUUUUCCCCGGAUAUCCAAGAUCACUUAUUCGAGUCCGGGUUGAAUCGGGGAGGAUUGGACCUGGUCAGUUUGAACAUUCAGCGGGGCCGUGACCACGGCCUACCGGGCUAUAAUGCCUAUCGAGCGAUUUGUGAUGUCGGCACGGGUCGUGUGACCGAUUGGUCGGGUUUUGAGGAUGUCAUCAGUCCGUUUCAAGUGGCCAAACUGCGACAGAUUUACCAACACGUGGACGAUGUGGAUUUGUUCGUGGGUGGAUAUUUGGAGACCAAAGACGCUGAUGCACUCCUUGGGCCUACUUUCAAAUGCAUCAUUGGGGAUCAGUUUGCUAGGUUGAAGCUGGGUGACCGGUUCUUUUACGAUUUGAAUCACCCCACAAAUGUUGGGUUCACAUCUGAUCAGCUCCAAGAGAUCCGGAAGACUUCGUUGGCUCGAAUCAUUUGUGACAAUGCAGAUACGAUCCGCUCGAUUCAGCCGCAAGUGAUGAAGUUGCCCGGGAGCUCCACCUCAAACAAUAUCGUCAGUUGUAACUCGGUUCAGAUUCCCUCCAUGAGCUUAAGCGUGUUUCGCGAUAAACGAUUCGGGCGACGUUGAUGCUUCCGAGCCCAACAUUAACAACGGACACCAAUAGUAUAUUGUACUAAAUUAAUUCUAUUUCCGUCAAUUAAAGACCAAAGCGCUAUUUCACUUUUGAA